UUUUUUUUUUUUUUUUAUUUCUCAGAACACUAAACAGCCAUUAUUAGCCCAGCUGGCCUUCUUCUCUUGAUUUUGUCUUAAUUUUCACUUUUUCGGGACUCCCGAUAUGAUCCGUUAACCAAAUUGGUCUCCACUGGGCUUAGUUAUCGUUUUUCUCCUUAUAUUUAAACCAAAUUGAUCUGUACUAUGUUUCUUCAUCGCACUCGAUGAUGGAAUCUCCCUCCUUUUCUUCCUCCUCCUCCGAUUCCAGUACCGUCGCCACCCGUGAUCAGAAUGCGGACCGAAGUCGGAGAAAUGGCGACGUCCAUGAAGCUGUGACCUUUGAACAAUCGCGUCGAUGGCAUGAUGUUUUCUGGUCGGGAAUAUUUAUAAUUCAUUUGAUUUCUCUGGCACUCAUUAUGGGGGUUCUCGGCCUGAAUGGGUUUAAGAAAAGGGAUAGACUAAAUAUUGGUAUGUACACCGGACCCCCUCACAAGCGUGAACAUGGAUUGACCGAGGAUUACUGGCCGCUUUAUGCUGCUGCUGGUGGCGUUGGGACUGUUCUCGGAUUGAGUUGGCUGCUGCUAUUGGGUUCUCGCGCAAAUCAAAUGAUGAAGGUGUCUGUUCACAUACUGACCACUUAUCUUGCUGUGAUCAGUGUUUUGUGUUUCUGGGCUGAACAAUUCUUCUGGGGAGUUAUUUUUGCCACUGGCGCAGCCCUGCAAUUCUUGUACGUGAUAUCGGUCAUUGAUAGACUUCCGUUUACCAUGCUGAUUCUCCAAAAAGCUAUGAAGAUGGUUUGCAGUCUUCCUGAGGUUAUGAGAGUGGCAUAUGCAUUUAUGCUUGUGGUGCUUUUAUGGAUGGCCAUAUGGUCUUUUGGUGCAUCAGGCGUUGUGGCUUCAAGCUUGUUUGACGUUGGAUGCUGGUGGCUUCUUUUGAUUUUCUGUGUCAGUCUAUUCUGGACAGGUGCUGUACUCUGUAAUACUGUACAUGUAAUAGUGUCUGGGAUGGUGUUUCUCAAUCUCAUUCAUGGUGGUAGAGAUGCAACUUCAAUACAUGAUAACUCCUUAAUAAGAUCUUUACAAUAUGCCUUGACGAAAUCUUUUGGCAGCAUUUGUUAUGGCUCAUUAUUUACAGCUGCUAUUAGGACACUUAGGUGGGAGAUAAGGGGUUUCCGGUCGAAGAUUGGCAACAACGAGUGUUUGCUUUGCUGUGUUGAUUUCCUUUUCCAUCUUGUGGAGACUCUUGUCCGAUUCUUUAACAAGUAUGCCUAUGUUCAGAUAGCUGUUAAUGGUAAAAGCUUUAAUCGUUCAGCUAGGGAUGCCUGGGAGUUACUCCAGUCAACUGGUGUUGAAGCACUUGUAGCAUAUGACUGUUCAGGUGCUGUCCUGCUAAUGGGCGCUGUCUGUGGUGGUUUGAUAGCCGGAACAUGCUCUGGUGUUUGGGCGUGGUACAGAUUUGGAGAUAGAGAUAGAAUAUUUAUGAUUGGAACAACAUCUAUGUUGAUGGGGAUGGUCUUGGUUGGAGUGGCCAUGGUUGUGGUGGAAAGUGCCGUGACAUCCAUAUAUAUCUGUUAUGCGGAGGAUCCCUCAUUGAUUCGUAGAUGGGACACUGAAUUUUUCAACCAGAUGUCUGAGACACUUCACCACAGACUUCAACAUAGGAGUGCUCGAGCAAGGGAAGUUCUAACCAACUCACAACUUGAUUACCGUGUUCGACAAAACACAUCUUUUAAUUAAUUACCUUGUGUUGCAAUCCUACUGCAUAGUUUAUAUAUCCCUUCGAUCUUUCUUGUGGGGGAAGCUAAAAGUUGCCUCAGAUAUGGUCUUACACAAAGAAAACAAAAUCCAGAAAAGGGGGUUUCAACCUUCAUAUGUAUGUAUAUCUAUAGUAAAAAAUUUGUGUCUUCAAGGUAUAAAAACAGAACUAGUUUCCUUAUUGAGAUGAGAGGAGUAUUGGAAUUCCAUUUGAACACACUGCUUAGGCUGUAACUAACUAGAAAACAAAAUACAGAAAAGGGGGUUUCAACCUUCAUAUGUAUGUAUAUCUAUAGUAAAAAUUUUGUGUCUUCAAGGUAUAAAACAGAACUAGUCUCCUUAUUGAGAGGAGAGGAGUAUUAGAAUUCCAUUUGAA